CUGUAAAGCAGCCAAUGCAGUGCUGGCUGGGUGCUCAGUAAAUCCAGCGAUGCUGAUUUAUUCCAUGCCAUCACUUAGGACGAGUUCAUGGCCGCUUCUUCCCUCUGCCUCUUCCCCUCAGUUUCUCUCUGUAUUUGUCCCAGUUUUCUCUGCUCUCGCUCGCCAUCUCAACCUGUCUGGAGUGUGAGACCUUGGGGUUGCAAACAGAUGACUGCUCUGUAGUGCACAUUACGCCAUUUCCAUAAGAAAUGUUCAAAACAAAUGUCAACUUCGUAGUGUGCCAACUGUUUGCCUUGCUUGCGGCUAUUUGGUUUCGAACAUACCUUCAUUCAAGCAAAACUAGCCCAUUUAUAAGACAUGUUGUUGCAACCCUCUUGGGCCUUUAUCUUGCACUUUUUUGUUUUGGAUGGUAUGCCUUACAUUUUGUUAUACAAAGUGGAAUUUCCUACUAUCUCAUGAUCAUAAUAGGAGUGGAAAACAUGCACAAGUAUUGCUUUGUUUUUGCUUUGGGAUACCUCACUGUGUGCCAAAUUACCAGAGUCUAUAUCUUUGAUUAUGGACAGUAUUCUGCUGAUUUUUCUGGUCCAAUGAUGAUAAUUACACAGAAGAUAACUAGUUUGGCAUUUGAGAUUCAUGAUGGUAUGUUUCGAAAAAAUGAAGAUUUGACACCAUCACAGAGGUGCUUGGCUGUAAGACGCAUGCCAAGUCUACUGGAAUAUUUAAGUUACAACUGUAAUUUCAUGGGUAUCCUGGCAGGCCCGUUAUGCUCUUACAAAGACUAUAUUACUUUCAUUGAAGGCAGAUCAUACCAGCUGCAACAGUCUGAAGCAAAUGGGAAGGAAGAUACAAAAUAUGAACAAACGGAUCCUUCUCCAAAUAUAGCUGUGGCACAGAAACUCUUAAUCUGUGGACUGUCCUUACUCUUUCACAUGACUAUUACACAAACUUUGCCUGUGGAAUACAACAUUGAUGAGAACUUCAGAGCUACAGCGUCGUGGCCUGUAAGGGUUUUCUACCUAUACUUGUCUCUCAUGGCUGCCAGACCCAAGUAUUAUUUUGCAUGGACUUUAGCAGAUGCAAUUAAUAAUGCAGCAGGAUUUGGUUUUAGAGGCUACGACAAAAAUGGAGUUACACGUUGGGAUCUAAUAUCAAAUCUGAGAAUCCAGCAGAUAGAGACUUCCACAAGUUUCAAGAUGUUUCUUGAUAACUGGAAUAUCCAAACAGCUCUUUGGCUUAAAAGAGUGUGCUACGAGCGAGCCACCUUCAGCCCGACAAUCCAAACAUUCAUCCUUUCUGCCAUUUGGCAUGGGGUUUACCCAGGAUAUUACUUAACAUUUUUAACAGGAGUACUAAUGACACUAGCAGCACGAGCUAUAAGAAACAAUAUCAGACACUAUUUUGUUGAAUCUCCUGCAGUUAAACUAUGUUAUGAUAUUGUAACAUGGAUGACAACGCAAGUAGCAAUAAGUUACACAGUUGUGCCAUUUGUACUGCUUUCUGUGAAACCCUCUUUCACCUUUUACAGCUCCUGCUAUUUCUGUCUUCAUAUCGCCAGCAUCCUGGUGUUGUUGGUAUUUCCACUGAAAAGAACUCAAAAAGGAAGUAAAAAGCAUGAAAGCAUCCAGCCGGCGUGGUCCAAAAAACUAGAAGAAGAAAGUCUUUUGCAAAAGAACAGUUAUUCCACAACAAAUAAUAGUUUCAGUCAGAAAGAAGAAAUAUCCUGCAGAUAUCAAGCACUAAAACAGUGAUUGAGGAAUAUUACGAUGAAUAUAUUUUGUAUGUUUUCAGAAACCCAUUUUUAGCACCUUUUAAAGGGGUUUGUAUUUGUUUGCAAAGAUGUUUAGUAUGAAAAGAAUGCAUUACCUAGGAAAAUCACAUACAAUAGCAAGACUGGAAACAAAACAGAUUAACCCCUCCCAUGCCAUGUCCCGGUGGGUCACGCCUUAUAUGAAGAUAUUACCAUUAUUUCAAUGGGCACUCAGGACUUGCAACGUAUGUCCAUAGGGUCAUAUGUGUGCCCUCUGCUGAAUGUACGUUGUGUAUCCCAAGGCACUGAUGGGGUGAAAUGAAAUUGUGUCAAUCUAGGAUUAACAAAUGGAAAUUAAUUUUUCCAAAUGAAUGACUUGCCUUAAACCCUCUAUUUACUGAAACAUUGUUUCUAAGUGGUAUUUUCAAGUCUGAUUUUGUGGAAAGUAUUUCAAAUAUUUAAUACUAUAUGCUAUAAAGAAGACACAAAUAUGAAAUGCAAAGUCGUUGGAAGGUUUUUGAACCUCUUCUCUAAAAGGGAAUUGCAAUAAGCAUCUCAGUAUUUGGAGGGUUUUCUUAAAGUAUCUCAAACAAUUACAGUACGUUAUGGAACUGUAAACAUUACUGAUGCCAAAUUAUAGUUAGGUCUCUGUGACAGAGUCUAAUUAAGGAUAGCCCUUUCGAACAGAUUAAAAAAAGUCAUCUUAAGGUUCACCUUGUCCAGGGCUUCACAGCUCUAAUUUAGGUUUCCUUUAACUUCAAGUACAUAAAAACAAUAAAAAACACCACCAAGUGGGCUUUGCAGCUAGAGAAGGAAAGGCAGCCAAAGUAUACUGAAGACAAUGUGCAAGCACCAGAUCUUCAAGGAAGAUGUGUUUUUACCCUUAGAUACCAGAAAUCUUUGUUCUAGAAUAUAAUUAUUCUACCAAAAAAAAAAAAGAGAUUUUAGUACUUAAAGUGAUCUUGAAUUUUAAGGCAUACAGUAGUUGAUGAUACUAGCAGCGUAAAAAUGUCAAAAUUAACUUGAGAUCUAGUUCAUAGUCAUGAAAUCACCACGAUAAACAAGUUCUGUAUGCUUGAUCAUUGAUUGCCCUUAAUGCAAAGAAGUGCAUGAAUUGGGGGAAAAGAUUUUUCUUUAAGUUAGAAUUUUAGAUGCAGGUUUCACAUAGUACUUGUCGGUAAAGUAAUGAAAGAAAGAAAUGCUUGAGAAUAUCUAACUGUCCGAAUUAUGGAAGAAAGUCAAGGGAAUAAUGCAUUGGUUCUAUCUAUUCCAGACCAUUUGAUGAGAUGAUGGUCACUGCUAGAGUACUGUUAUAAAGGGCUACAUUUUAAUUGUUUGUAUUCUGUGUUAUCUUUUUAUUUUUAGUAAGCACAAACUGCUUAUCCACAUGUUGUCUCGGUUUUAAAGGUAAAACAAAGUACUACUGGAGAAAAAUAACGCAGCUUGUUGAGUAACCUACAAAUAAGUGAGAACAAAUUUGUCAUACUAUUUUAAUCCUGAUAGUUUUGAUCAAAUAUCUGGCACUGGUGAGGUCAGUAUUCCCACUGCAGGGUCAAUAUUGCAUUCCAGUGAAACUGCAGUGGUCAUCCUCAGCUCUGGGGACAUAACCAUGCAGAAAUAGUCACAAUACUUCUCUGGUUUACUCUGCAAAAAACAAAUUCUCAGUCAAGUCUCUGUAGUGACUGCAGUGACCUCACUGUAGUAAUUCUGUGUCUGGCCUUUGGCUCCUUGCUUGAAACUUCAGGAGGAAAACAUACUUUUUGUUGUUUUAAUGUAUGUAGGUUAGCAUUAAUUAACUGACACACUUGGAAAGGUGGAACCAAAUGUGAAGUGAGUCUUAGAUGGGCAGGGAUGUUCAUUGUUUCAGUGACAGCUGUAAUAUCUUAAAAAAUAAAAAAAAAAUCAGAUUUCUGAAUCCUUACGUUGGUCAUCCAAAUAGACUUCCCCUUGCAUGGGGUUGCUAUUGUCAUCGGUUGUGUUUUUGAAACAGCAUUUUUUCUUCCAUUGUUUGUAAAUAAGGGCGCACUGAUUUCUUUAUGCUUAUUUAUCCUUACUGGAGAUAGAAUCAGGAAAGACAUUGUCCAUUUUCUGUUCUUGGAAGGAUAUUUACAUUAUAUAACAAAUGGAACUGCAGUCUGCUAGGUGAGUAGAUUUUGAGUUGGUUCUUUCAGUAUUUGCUGCUGUUGAACUUAAAUUCUCCUCUGGUUGGUGCAGGCUAUGUAUCUACUCAAAGUGGGUUUGGAUGCCAGUACUUCUGAUGUGCCAUUUUCCAUUAAUAUUCUGGUACUUUUGUUUUCUUCUUUUGGCAUGAGUGCCAAUGUGUGCAAUGAAAGCUUCUGAAUUCUUGAUUUAAGAAAUAUGAAAACAGCUGUAAGCAAUCCCAAAAAAUAAGCUGAAUUAGGCUGUGAAGUCUGGUACUUCAACAUGAGCAAAUGCACAUACACAGUUUUGUUCAGAAGUUUUGUGUAAGUUAAAACAGUUAAGAGAAUACGUUCAUGCUUUAGCUGGUCACAAGCAGCAAAGAUGGGUUUCAAAAUUGGACAUGACAGGGGUCUGUGUGCAAUACAAUUAGUUAUUUCUUCCAUGAUUUGAGCUCCUGAAAUAAUGGCAACAUAAGAAAAUGAUGACUAUUUUAUUCUGCCUAGAAUUUCUUUUGAAGUGUAGUGUCCUAGAUUUUAGUUUUUAAAUAUUGUUGUUGAACAUGGAAGUACUCAUAACCAAAAUCCGCUCUUCGUGCACAUGAAUUCUCUUGAGGACUAUCUAAAGAGUGGGGCUUGGGUUUUUUUUGUUUUGUUUUUGGGUUUUUUGUUCGUUUUGUGUUUUUUUUUGUUUUGUUUUGUUUUUUGCUCUUAAGUGGCAGCAUUCUGACAUUGGUUGAGUUUUUCUUGUUAUUUUCCCUCCACUUUGUUAGUUUUUUGCCUUGCUAUUGCAAAUGGAAACAUUGCACUGGAUCCUUUUUAUUCAUUCAGAUAUAAAGAUAAGAGCAGCCAGCUCAGAUGCUUUAGAUUAAAUUUUCAGGUUUUACUCACAUGGUUUCAUAAUGAUGAUUUUGAAAUGAUGGAAGUGAUUUACUACGUGUUACUCUUUCUGAGAAAAAUAGUAGAAAGCAAAUUGCUUAAAGACACUUUGGACAUGAAAGAAACAUAGUUUUAAGUAUCCUUUCACUUAAUGUAGACCGAAAAGGUAAAAGCCUUUUCUGUGUUCCAGAUCAGCGCUCUUUGAAAAGUAAAGAUAACAUAUCAUUCAUAAUAUUAUGGUGCUUUGCAGAUAUUUGCCUAUUGUGAACAGUUCAUCCAGACACUUAAUGAAUUAAUAUUAUUUACUAAAUGUAGUCACCCUGAUAGUAACUAUUUGCUUGCAUAACCUUUUUUAACCUUCAAUGCUUCUGUAUUAAUGAAAGAGAUGUAUUAUAUAUAUUUAAAGAAUAGUUUCAGUGGUGCCUACUACUGUUCUAUUAGGGAAGGCUUUGUUAGCUGUUCAGCUACAUAAAUGCCCUUCGGGAAACUUACUUUUCUGUGGCUAUUCCUUAAGGUGACAUGUAGACAAUAUUUCAGUAAUAAGUGACAUUUUAAAACAUACUUUCAUGUAAAAAGCAUAUUGUCAUGUAAAAAUAUUGGUCUGCAUUUUAACGUGCUCUUAAUAACAAUGCAACAAAGACAACUUUGCGAAGAGAUCUUAGUGUAUUCCGUGCUCUACACUGACUUGUGAUAUGAGUUUUACCAGUAGAGUAUGUUAUAUAUUAAAAAAAUUUAUGCUUUUUUUAACUUCUUCCUUUCCCCCUAUGGGAAUAAGUAGUACAAACAGAAGCACUGUGUUUGUGUGGCACACACUUGGUAGCUGUGCCCCUUUUUAAUAGCAUCGAUUUAGUUAGUGGUAAAACUUCUGAUGCGGCUGAGAUCUGGUUUUGCAAACAUCCAUAUGAGAACUUGGCCUCCCGACAAAUUCAUAUCAAAAGUAAUUUUAGCAGUCUGGAUUUUUCUCAGGAAAGCUUUGCAAACAAAUUAUUGUCAAUUUGUUUAAAUGCAAGGUCAGAUGGGUACUCACGUUCGCAUACAAAUGUGUUAUAGUUGCUUAUGUGUAAACUUUCACAUGUUCAGCUUUGUAAGUUGGCCUUGAAAGACAGAGAAAAGCAUGGGUUACAAUAAUUUUAGGAUUUCAUUUCCUUUACCCUUAAUUCUUUCAGUCUGUCAGUUUCACAGGCACAGCUGCCCAGAGUGCCGUGGGUGCACCAUCUCUGGAGGCGCUCAGGGCCGGGUUGGUGGGCCCUGGGCAGCCUGAGCUGAGUGGAUCGCAGCCAGUUUGCAGUGCCAGCCCCUAUCCUGCUCACUGUCAGGAUGGAACGCGUGCUGGCACUGGGAGCUGUGCAGUGCUGAGUGUGUCGCAUUGAAGCAGAGCUGGGCAGGAGAGCUUGUGGCAGCUGCGGCUGUGGCUGCUUUGUGUUAGGUCUGUCUGUACUGUGGUGGGUGUUGCUGUUUUAACCCAGAUGCUUCACAACCACCACCAAAUCCUGGCAUCUGCAAAGUUACCCUGCCAUGUUAUAGCUGCACAUGUUGAAACAGUUGCUUAGUGUGGUUAAAAUUAAAUGAUGAUUAUUUUUUUAAUUUCUUAAAAACAUGUUUUGAGAUUAGCUUUUUGUAUACUUUUAAUAAAAUCUAGCUAUCAACUGUAACAAAUUUCACCCCCAUUAAAUACUAUCUAAAACAUAACUUUGCUCACUUCACAACUAUAGUUCAAAAGCAAACUUUGCCACUUUCCUGUUCUGUGAGUCAGCUAUGUUGUGUGUCCAGUGACUUAGGCCUGCUUUUGGUUUUAGAUGUUUGUAGAUUGCCUGGAUCCCUGUGCGUAUCCAUAUAAGCCUCGUGAACUGGCAAGCUAUAUUUGCCUAGAGUGUGCAUACAUACAUGUAGCAGAGGCCAUACCACUAGUUACGUGAGCCUGGCUUGGAUGCACGCUGCACCUGCUGGUGUCUGCUUGGUCUGCUCCUGCAGUGCUGAGCUUCUACUUCUGGAAGUGAGAACAGUUCGCUGCUUGCAGUUCAAGUGGAAAGUAAAGGGCUGCUUUCACUUUGGGUGUUCUGCUGUAGACCAUGCAGACAAAAUUGGGCUGCAGGUACAGAACCGAAAUCAGAGCUGGAAGUUGCAGGGGCACUCCUGGAGGACCUUUUUCUACUAACGGUGUCUCAGCCUAGCACCUUACUCCUAAUGAACCUUUUGCCUACAGAGGCCAAAAGGCUACAGAGGCCUCAAACAGUCCCUUUCCUUCCAAGGCAGAAACAGCCCACGCUGCAUUUACAUUAAGUGUCCCCACAACACAGUAGGAGCAGCCAGCUGUGGUCCGGGCUUUAGUCAGACUCAGCAGUUCCCUUCCCUGGACGUGGCUCUGAGCAGCCUGGUCUAGUGGCUGGCAGCCCUGCACUCAGCAGGGGGGUUGAAACUUGAUGAUCCUUUUCAACCCAGGCCAUUCUAUGAUUCUAUGAUUCAUUCUAUGAUUCCUUCCUCCAAAACUGUGGAGAUGUGAUCUGAGAAAAAAAGCAGUGAAAUGUGGCCCCUGGAGACCUGCAAUUGGAAUAGUGCAACACUAGCGAUGCAACCCCAUGUUGUCACAGUAAGUCAAAGGAGGAUUUGCAUACACAUAUUUUGCCUUUUUUGUAUGUUUAUCGUUGCAUCUUUUCUGUGUACCUUUUUUUGUCCAGUGGUAUUGACUAUUUCUCUGAAGCAUCGUCUGUUGUGUCAUACUGUGACAGGUGUCAAAAGGGACACGACAGUAGCUAGGUGGUCAUUCUGACAUCCCAGACCUCAGAUGUGUUCUCGAUGAAUUAGAAGAGAGCGUUUAAAAUGUAUGGAAUGAAAAAUGGUGCAGGAUGGGUGAAUAUAGCAUAGUUCAGAGAUGUGGUAGUAAGUUAUUCAAUUUAAGAACAUAAAAUACAGAACCGCGUUCUUUCCUGCCUUGGUUACACGUUCAAGGGAGUAGUUUUACCUCAAUGCAGAAGUAGUGAUGCCUCCAGAUACCCGCGUGUUAAGAUGAGAAAACACCCCUAAAAGUGUGGAUAGUUACAGUAUCCCUACAUUUGCCUUUCCUGAUUCAGAAUAUAAUGCAUUGUUGGUGAAUUUCAUUUUUAUUAUUCCAAAAUAUAUAUUUUUUAAAAAGUGUUAUUUUUCAACAGAUCCAUAAACUAAGUGUUGGUGUAUGAUAAAAUUAAAAUACCACUGUUAGUUACACUGUGAUUGUGAUAUUUUAAUAAUUACUUAUUUCUAAUUUGUCUCAGCCGUGCUGCAGAAGCGGCACGCUGUUAUGUUUUGAAGGUGUUUUUAACUUGCCUAUAAAUGUUUUUUUUCUAAUUUGUGUCUUUAAAUCUGAUUAAACUGUAGUUAAAAAAAAAUGUGAA